GUUGGCGUCCGGCGGGAAGGCGGUGGCUUCCGGCCUGGGACUGCGAGGUGGCCGCAAAGGCACUGUGGUCCAGAGCCGCGUGUGUACCGGCGGGGGCGUGGCGGCGGGAAGGGCCUCUCGGCCGUCACUCAAGGUCUCCCGGUGGCCGCGGCUUCCCGGGAGCCGGGCUCUCAGGGCACCGUGAGAAGGAGCGCAGCGGAGGGCAGGAGCCGUCGGGGGCCGGCGAGGUCAGGCGCGUGGCUGGAAGGACCUCCUCAUCCUCCUUCACAGGCCCUGGAAGUUAAACCCCGCCUUCGUCCCGCGUGGGCUCCGCCCCCAGCCCCUCAUCUCCCGUAUUCGAUCCUCUGGGAUCUCUCUUUCUGAGGAGGCCAUAUGGAUACCUCGACGCCUUUGCCUCCCGUCCCCCCCUCCCCGAUCUGCAACCCAGCCCCGCGGACGAUCCAGAUCGAGUUCCCGCAGCAUAGCUCCCUGCUGCUGGAAGCCCUGAACCGCCACAGGCUAGAGGGCAAGUUCUGUGAUGUGUCCCUCUUGGUGCAGGGCCGGGAACUUAGGGCUCACAAAGCAGUAUUGGCUGCUGCCUCUCCUUACUUCCAUGACAAACUUCUUCUGGGGGAUGCGCCACGUCUCACUCUGCCCAGCGUCAUUGAAGCCGAUGCCUUCGAGGGGCUGCUCCAGCUCAUUUAUUCCGGGCGCCUCCGUCUGCCACUGGAUGCUCUCCCUGCCCACCUCCUCGUGGCCAGUGGCCUGCAGAUGUGGCAAGUAGUAGAUCAGUGCUCAGAGAUUCUUAGAGAACUAGAAAACUCAGGUGGUGGAAUUUCAGCCCGGGGGGCGACCUCUUACCACACACUUCCUUCCACCACAUCCUCUCCAGGAGGCUGGUGCAUUCGCUCUUCCCCUUUCCAGACCCCAGUUCAGUCUUCCACUUCUACCGAGAGCCCCGUUUUAGGGGAGGGGAGCGAACUGGGCGAUGUGUUACAGAUUCAAGUUGAGGAAGAGGAGGAGGAGGAGGAGGAAGAAGAGGAGGAGGAGGAGGAGGACCAGGCAUCAACAGCACCCUCCCAGACUCCUCAGCCCCCGAGAGUAUCAGGGAGUUUUCCCUGCCCUCAUGGAUCUCACUCACUGCCCGUAUCCACUACGCCCCGCAGGGUUCCAGAGGGCGAGAGUGCACCCCUCGAGCCUCCUGCCCCUCAUACUGCACUACCCCCCAAAGUCUUCUACAUUAAGCAGGAGCCCUCUGAGCCUAAAGAAGAGAUAUCAACAGGUGGAACUCAAUCUGGAGGAGCAAAGGAGGAGACCAAAGUGUUUCCUGGAGGAGACGCUGAAGGGAAUGGAGAGCUGGGGUUCUUGCUGCCCUCGGGAGCAGGGGCGACAUAUGGAGGAGGAGGAGGAGGGGGUCCAUCCUGGAAACCAGUGGAUCUUCAUGGGAAUGAAAUCCUCUCAGGGGGUGGGGGACCUGGGGGGGCAGGACAGGCUGUGCAUGGGCCUGUGAAGUUAGGAGGUACACCCCCCGCAGAUGGAAAACGCUUUGGUUGCUUGUGUGGGAAGCGGUUUGCAGUGAAGCCAAAGCGUGACCGUCACAUCAUGCUGACCUUCAGCCUUCGGCCCUUUGGCUGUGGCGUCUGCAAUAAGCGCUUCAAGCUGAAGCACCAUCUGACGGAGCACAUGAAGACCCACGCUGGAGCCCUGCAUGCCUGCCCCCAUUGCGGCCGUCGGUUCCGAGUCCAUGCCUGUUUCCUUCGCCAUCGGGACCUGUGCAAGGGCCAGGGCUGGGCCACUGCUCACUGGACUUACAACUGACUGCUGAGGCCAUGCGCUAAUUUCUAGUGCAGGAGAGCCACUGCUGCUGAUGGACACUUUCCCCUCACCACCAUUGCACCCCACUCUCGGAUCUUGAAAUCAUGCCAAGAGAAUAGAUAUAUCUUGGACAUCUUGUUCUUAAGUGUGGGCGUCGACCUGUCAGAUUCGGGAAUUCAGUUUUCUCAUCUCAAGGUUUGCUAACCACCCCAUCAGAAGGUGGUGUAUAGGGCAUACAUAAUUUGAUCACUUGCCCAUAAUAGACCUUUCAUACAGUAAACCAGAUUUCAGAUUAAGAGUUUGCUGAGAAAAGAGAGCAAAAAGACGUGACGAUUAAAUGUUUGGUCUCCACGAGGAGUUAAAGGAGCUGGUCUCCACGUA